CUCACUGCAGUUCACCAUUAAAUGCUGGAAUAUUCCCUUCAGUUUACAAGUGAAGACGAGCCUCAAAGAAUCAGGAAGAGCUGAAAUCUACAAGGACUGAGAUGAAACACACUAAAGAUACUCGAGAAGGAACAGAGCUGAUGGAAGAGAACGAGGAGAGUGAAGAACUGGUGGAGGAGGAACAUCAUGACAAACCUGGAGAAAAACCUCGCUCAAAGACUAAAAAGACAUUUUUAAAGAAAGGAAGAGCCAAGAAAUCUUUCACCUGCACUCAGUGUGGAAAGUGUUUCUUGAGGAAAUAUAAUUUUGAGCUUCACAUGAGAGUUCACACUGGAGAGAAACCAUUCACGUGCGAUCAAUGUGGGACGAGCUUCACACAAUCAGCGAACCUUAAAAAACACAUGAGAAUUCACACUGGAGAGAAGCCACACACAUGCGAUCAAUGUGGGAAGAGCUUCACAGAAAAAAUACACCUUAAAGCACACAUGAGAAUCCACACUGGAGAGAAGCCGUAUGCAUGUGAUCAAUGUGGGAAGUGUUUCUCACGUGAAAAAAGUGUUGAAACACACAUGAGAAUCCACACUGGAGAGAAACCAUUCACCUGUGAGAAGUGCGGGAAGAGUUUCACACAGAAAGCACAUCUCAAGCAGCACAUGAGGAUCCACACUGGAGAGAAACCAUACCCAUGUGAUAAAUGUGAGAAGAGUUUCACAAAUUCAUCACACCUUAAGAGUCACAUGAUGAUCCACACCGGAGAGAAGCCGUUCAUGUGUGAUCAGUGUGAAAAGAGAUUCUCAAACAAACAACAUCUUGAGCAUCACAUGGCAGUUCAUACUGGAGUGAAGCCGUUCAUGUGUGAUCAGUGUGGAAAGAGUUUUGUGAACUCUUGGAAACGUGAAAGACACAUGAAAAUCCACACUGGAGAGAAGCCGUUCACAUGUGAUCAGUGCGGGAAUAGCUUUAAAGAAAAAAUAGACUUUAAUAGACACAUGAGGAUCCACACUGGAGAGAAGCCUUACGCAUGCGAUCAAUGUGGGAAGAGUUUCACAGAUUCAGCGUACCUUAAGAUUCACAUGAGGAUCCACACCGGAGAAAAGCCGUUUGUGUGUGAUCAGUGUGAAAAGAGAUUCUCAGUUAAAAAUAGACUUAGGAUUCACAUGAGAAUCCACACCGGAGAGAAGCCAUAUGCAUGUGAUCAAUGUGGAAAGAGAUUCACAAACAAAUCAUGUAUUGAGCGUCACAUGAGGAUCCACACUGGAGAGAAGCCGUUCAUGUGUGAACAAUGUGAAAAGAGAUUCACAAUUAAAAAAAAUCUUAAAGAGCACAUGAAAAUCCACACCGGUGAGAAGCCAUUCAUGUGUGAUCAGUGUGAAAAAACAUUUGUCAUCGCAUCAAACCUGAAGAAACACCUGACAGUUCAUACAAAGGAGAAGCCGCAUUCAUGUUCUGAAUGUGGAAAGAGUUUUUCACUGCUGCAAAGUCUAAAAGUACAUCAGAAAAUUCAUACUUGUGUGAAAGAUUAUAUGUGCUUUGAGUGUGACAAGACUUUUAUUUCAGUGAGCCACUUAAAACUGCACCAGAGGAUUCACACUAGAGAAAAACCUUACAAGUGUUCACACUGCGACAAGAGAUUCAGUCAGUCAAAAAAUGUGAAAGCACAUGAGAAGAUCCACAGCUGAGAGAAGCCGCACACGUGUGAUCAGUGCAAAACCAGUUUUGCUUAUAAAAGUCACCUGAAGAUACACAUGAGGAUUCAUGCAGUGGAGAAACCAAUUAGUUUCCUAACAGUCAUGAUGAGUGACAGGGUGUUGGUUGAUUGAUAUCUGUUAACUCUUGUUGACACCAACACGACUGUUCGGAACAAAAAUUUGGACAUGAGAUUUGUCUGGUCAGACCAAUGCAAAAAACAGCAGUAAAUGCACAUUCACUCUGUGACAGUAGGUUGUGCUCAUGAAAAGCGGAAAUACAGCAGCACUGUGCAACUUACUGUUUCUGACUCAUGCUUUUUAGGAAGAAAUAGCUUCAAAUAGCUGUUCAUAUUUUUGUAUUUGCUUUGGUGCUUGUCAAGAAUACAGAUAUGAAAGAGAUGCUUCCUGAUUAUUCCUACUUUGGUUUUACAGGAUAGUAGGCGGCACUUAAUUUACAUGUACUUUGAAUUUGUUUUGCACUAAUCAGUUGUUCCACAAAGUGGCAGCACUGGAGAAAAACUAAAAAAGACAGAAUAACAACAAAACACCAGCGACCACAGCCACAACAGAUGCUUGCAUUGAAAAUUACUGUAAAUAAAACAUUCGUAUUUCAUGAACACUUUGAACUACAUGAGUAAGCCAUGAUCAGCAAGUUGUUUGUGUAAAAUACAGUAGUUAGCAUUUGAAGUGGAUCAAAACCUUUCAUCAAAGUUGUCCUAAAACCAAAACAAUACCCGUUCCUGUCUUAGGAAAACUUUGAUUAACUUUUUUUGAUCCAGUUCAAAUGUCGACUACUAUAGUCCAUUGAAAGUCACCUUUGACAUGUGAGAUAUUUACAUUUAUCCCUUUUGCAGAUGAUUUUAUAAUGACUGAAACUUUUCGUAUCGCGCUCUCUGCUGUAAAUUCAUGACUUUGCUUUGAUUUAAUCUUUCUUUUAAGGUCCUGUGCCCAGUUUGCAGUGUGUGUUCAAGUGCAGGAAGUCAUUUACUACAGAUGAUCAACUGAGAGAGCACCAGAAAAUUCACACUAGACUAAAA